AUGGAUGCGGCUGUUCGCCCUAACGUUCCCAGGCGAUGUUUUCGAGGAGCCUUUCACCCACUGACGAGGGGCUCUAUCCUCUUUGUAAUUUCCGUCGACCAUUACCACCGCCGAGACCUUCCGGGCAAGCUAUGCCUUGGCAAAUUCUAUCACUCUUCGUUGGCAUCCAUAGAUUUCGGCGAGACAUUUGAUUCCGAUGAGAACCUCGAGAGAUCUGACCUCACGUUGUGUCUUCUGACUCCAAAUCUGCAUAAGUUGCUCCUUAGCAACCAAUCCCUAAGCUUCCUGUCGGACUCACCGCCUCUAAAGGGUCGGAGAUUUCGCUCACAUCCUCGUGCCCUCUUAUCUCAUCUAAGGUUGGUCCCUCUGUUGUUGAACUCUAUGCUGCCGGUCAAUCCGAUACAGGUUUCGAAUUUGCUCGGACCACAACCCUCUCGGAGUAAUGUAGUCAAACUGAUACAUCUCCGACCACCCACCUUGGUCCACUCACCGGACCGUCUACUCAUCCUCACCGUCACUUCUUCACAGUCCACGGCUUCAAUUAUUGCUCCGUCGAUGGCGAGAGAUUGGGUCGCUGAGGAACCGCUGCCCUCUCCACGGGCUGUCCGGAGCUGUCAAAUCUAUAUUAACGGAAAGGAAGCAAGGGUAGCGACUCUCGGGGGAGAAGCACGUCAACAGAAACUCCGACGAUUGGAUGAGCAGGUUCCGCCGCAAAUACCGACCGGAUCUCUUGCACACCGUCGCGGCCAACAUUGGAGAUCUCGCAUCUCGUCGAGUCCUCUCCAUCUCGUCAAGAAGCAUGAUUGCUGGGCUUGGCCCAUUUCGAGCUUGUUAUCAUGGAGCCCAUUAGGCCCACUGAUAUAUAAAGCCAUAUUGGGUCUGUAA